AUGCGACGGGGAGAGCCACGAAGUACGCAGUGGCUUGCAUGGCUUUCGCUGGAGAUGCUCUUUGCGGCUUCAACUGCAUGUAUACUCGUUGCCAGCAUGGUGCCCUUUGCAGUGGUGCUGCGAGGUCUGCCUUUGCUUCGCAUUCUGUACAUCCAAACGCUGUGGGAGUGCUUGUCUGCUCGGCAUCUCCGACCCUGGAUCCAGAGACGCAGCCUGGAAGCACGCUUUUUUGGAAAUUUACUGCUUGCUGUGAUGGCUGGCGCACUCUUACUCCACAUGGUGACAUGCACUUGGUAUGCAGUCGGAGAUCGUCCUGGCGGAUGGGUACGACAUGAGGGCCUCGAGAGCUCGCCACAGUCGGUCCAAUAUCGCAUGGCUGCAGAGUGGGCACUUUCCCGACUUCCACCUUCAAGAUUGUCUGACAAUAUGUUGCUGAAGACGCAGGAGGAGCGAGGAGUGGCCUUUUUGAUAACGACCUUGGCCGUGGUCUUUGCCUCCAUUUUCACCUCCAUCGUCACGAAUGACAUCUCCGACAUCCGCCGUGCCCACAAAGCGCAAAGGAAGUCGCAUGUUCAGCUUUCCAACUACCUUGCGGCAUUUCCGGUACCCUGGGACUUGGAGAAAGAGCUGCAGGCAUACCUUCACCGGAACCAGUCCCUUGUUCAGCUGCCGCAGAAACAAGAAAUGGCAUCCUUGCUUCCGGCUUUCCUGUACCGUGAACUGUGCAGAGAAGCACUUUCGCCGGUCAUUGCGAAACACGACUUCUUCUCUGGCCUUCAAUCCCGCUAUGCUUCCUUCCACAUGAACCUUUGCGUGGAAUGCCUCAGGGAAUGGCACUUAGCCACGGAAGAGAUUUUGUUUUCCAAUGGCCCACGAUGUCAGAGCAUGAUGUUCGUCGCCAGUGGGGAGGUGGCCUACCGCAAGCUCCCCCCGGAAUUUGCAACUUCACCUGUGAGUGCUCGGAAUGAGUUGUUGCAGCAUAAUUUUGUGGUGCCAACAGCAGCAUCUGCGACGAUCGUCGAGGAGAAGCUCGGUUUUGGAGACUGGAUGUGUGAGCAGUGUCUGUGGACGGAGUGGCAUUUUCUUGGCAGGGCCGUCUCGACACAGGGAGCCACGGUUCUAUGUCUGGCUGACGAGACACUGAUGCGAUACGCCGGUCUGCACAAAGAGGUGAUGGCCGAACUUCUCAUUUACUGCAGGAUAUUGGUCGAAGUCUUGAACGGCGUGGCAGAUGACGACUUUACAGAUCUCCCUAUUUCCAUGGAGGAUGUUCGGCCGCACCCAGUCAGUCUGCCUUGA